AUGGGGGACCCAGGGGGCAAGUUUCUCGAUAUAAAUGAGAUAUUACUCGAUUAUACUCUCGAUACGACCAAGGGUCAAAGUGGUUCACCAGUUUACGUAUGGCAUAAUAGCUACGGUCAAGCGAUAAUCAAGAUAGCAAAGGGCGCCCGACGUAAUAGUAGUACCGGAUCAGGAGAGGUCAAGGCUCGAUUUUCCUUAGACCAAUAUACCGAUCUCACGUUUAUCCCUCUCGAGUCCACUUCCCAAGGGAUAAUUAAACCAAAGGGUCAAGUGAAAUACGCCAUUGUAUCUUUCAAGUUUCCUAAUACCUAUCUAUAUAUGGACGGUAAUUAG